CGAUCAGAAUAAGAGACCGGUCCCUUCUUUUUUAAAUCCAAUCUGUUUCCGCCUCGGCUGUUGUGAUUGACGGUGGGCAAGCGUCUCGCGUGCGCCAAACGCAGAAUGAUUGCCCAGGGGGUGCUGCCAUUCCCUGCCGCUCCUCCUCCUCCUCUCCUUCUCCCCUGCAGCACCACCACCCUCGUCAGGGAUCACGCAUACGGUGCCCUCUCCAGCAAAAUCUCCCGGACCGACCGGAUGAAUUGGGACUCGAGGAGGAGACGGAGAUGUGAAGCGGUGACCAAGGCCGAGAACCCGGGAGGGGAAGAACUGGGUGCCAGGACGAGGACGGCUUAUCUGUCCGCGCGACGCAAGGAGAGGAUCGAGCUCCCCGACUACGGGGGCCCCAUCACGUUCAGCGAUUUCGUCAACCACCCUUCCGGCGUGGAAGCCCUCCUGAACACGCGAGCCUUGCACAGCUUUCGGCCCUUGGAUUCCAACACCUACAGGUGCACCUUGCAAAAGAUCCAGUUCCUCAAGUUUGAAGUGGCCCCCGUGCUAGACUUACGCGUGACCCCGACAAGAGAAGGCUGCACGGUCGAGAUGGUGGAUUGCAGGUUUGAGGGUUCUGGAAUAGUAGAGCAGCAAAAUCAUGUUUUUUCAGCAUUUGUGAGAAACCAUAUAACUUGGGAGAGAAAUGGUUCUGAGCCAUGCUUGGAUGUGGACGUGAAUUUAAAAGUUUCCCUUGAGGUGUGGACUUAUUCCUUUCUUAAUUAA